AUUAUGCAGCUCUCCUUAAAAACAAAGAUUGACUCUAGAGGUGGGGAGAAGACUAUAUAAGGGCAGUUCCAUUUGUACGGGGAGUUAGUUAGUUAUCGAGAAAGUUAUGGAGUUAGUUAUUGAGAGAGUCAUUACGACUUGUACGUCGAGUCACACCAGGAUCGUGUAUCGUAUCGGAUUCGUCUUCCCGCGGCCGUGGAUUCGUAUCGAACCUAAGUUCAUUGUCAUCGGUCUCUCGUUUGUCCGAUUGCCGUCAUUACCUGUAACCUCUUGUAAUCAUCACCUCGGAACUAAUAACGAUCAGCGAGAAUACAUAACCACGAUGGUCAAUUCGAGUGAAGGUUCAUCAGACGCCCAUACUUCAAAAUCCUUCUCCAACAUAUAUAUAUAGCUGCUCGAUAAAGGGUCUCAAAUUAUAAUUGGGUAUUUUAUCUUAUUUAUUACUUACGCAUAUUGGAACAAAUCACAUGGAAUAGCUCUUUAUUUAGAAGUGUGUCAAUGAUCUUCUGUAACUUUUCAAUGACCUGUGCUAGUUUAAUAUUUUAUAUAUAAUAUCUCUAGUAUAUCUUGAAGUCCCUCUAGUUCAAACUAUUGGCCACUGAACCCUAAUUCUUUUAAUAAUGCGUGUAUUCUCAGAUACGUGCAGUACCAUUCAUAAGUUAUUGAAACUUAUACACUUAGUAGAAUUAAAAUGUUGAUAAAUAGUAUACUUAUAAUAGAUGUAAAAUUGUUAGAUUCGUAACAAAAACGACCCUCGUGAAAUUUCCAUCUCAUAGAAAUUCUGUAAUAUGAUGAGUAUUUUGUUAACGAAAAUUAAAUUGCGCUAUAUUUUGGAGAUUUUAUUAAUAAAACCUAUGUUCAAAAUUACUAUAAAGUAUCCCGCGCGGACAAGAAGUAUACAUCUAUUAUUUAAGUAUUAUAUAUAUUUAUAAUACUUCGUGCCUCGCCAAUGGAUUUUCAUUUAUAAUCUCGAGAGAUUUUUUUCGCACGAUAAGAUAAUAGCUAUCGGAAGGCGGUAAUGCGUUAUUAUAAUCGUGUCGUCGAUUAAACGAUAAUCUUCAGGCCGUGAAGCGGGAAAUGGCGCACGUUUGAAAGUUCAGUCGCUCAGGUAGUCACGUCGUGGAUAGUCGCGUGUUUCGCUCACGGCCGCGGAUGGAAUGCGUGUUUAAAUGAACCGGCUCGUCAGCGCACGUACCGAAGAUUAGCCCGUUCCGCUUCGUAGUUGCAACGACGAAGCACGUACGUGUCUUCCUCCAAACAUAAUUCUUCGUGUAAAUCUGUCAAUCCGUGAUCCUUUUAAAAAUUCCUUUGAAUUCCACACUCGCGAGUUAAAGUGCGUGGUGUUCGCUGAAAGUUUGAUCGCACGUUCAGCGCGUUCUAAACGAUCGAUACGCGACAGGAAAAACGGAAGAGGCAAAAUAAUCGCGAAAAACAAAUACGAUCUCAUCCGGUAGCAACGUAGCUGCCGAGGAAUUCGAUACGGUGACAUGUAAUGGUGAAACGUUUUGUGGACAUUUUUACUACGACUCGUCGACGAUUCCAUGCUCCUCGACGGAGAUAUCCGUGUUUCUUGCGGCCGAUCGACCGACUAACGAGCUUUCCACGCCUGUUUCUUCGAAGUGUAUAGCCUUAAGCGGAAAUUGUGACCACGAAUUGAUUCGCGGGUGAAAGGAAGGCCGAUCAAAACCACUUCCUUAAAAAUAUUGGAUCUCCGUGAAAAUAAGUUCUUUUGCGGUUUUCACCUCGUUCAGACGUUGUUAAUGACAGACUCUGCUUACACAGCGUUCGGAUAUUGCUGAGUUUCGAUAUUCAUGCGCGUCUUGUGGCUUCCGGCGUCGUCGCAUUAAAUAGAUCAACGCUUGAAUGGAAGUAGCAACAAGCAGAUUUUGAACUAUAACUAGUUAGAUAACGAAACAGAACUUUUGAAUUACAAACACGGACGCGUGUGGAUAAGAAUAGUUGCAAUUAUACGUAUGAAGUUGUAUCGUGAUAUGUGUUUAUAACUAACUGGAAGUCAUUAAAUACGUUCCUUUUUACUUCGAAGCUCGCAAGAUGAUUGUACGACACAGUUAUUGCGUUCUCAUGGCAUAAGUAUAAUCAAAUUAUCCCAUUUCAUCACCGCAGAAAGAUGUAGAGGGACACGUACGAAAAAUGGAGAGUCCUUUAUGUGAUUUCAACGAAUUCACUUGAAGCGCCAACACACUGAAAUUUUCUUUGUCUUUGGAAUCGUGUCAAGCUCGUCGAUCGAAUUUUUACGAAAAUGGAAAACAUGGAGGAGCGGUCCCCGCUGUUGGAGAGGAAACUAAGUACCUCGACGAAAAUCGCUUAUGCUUUGGGACACAUUUUCAACGACCUUACUGCCGCCAUGUGGUUCUCCUACACCCUUAUCUAUUUUCAAAGGGUGGCCCUGCUGGAACCGAUUGUCGCUGGUGCACUCUUACUUCUAGGUCAAAUCGUGGAUGCCUUCAUGACUCCCAUCUUCGGAAUACUGGUCGAUCAGUACCUAAAGAAGAAGAUUUGGCACAUAAUCGGCUCGGCGAUGGUCACGCUGUCGUUUCCAGUGAUCUUUGGUGGCUUUAGUAAACCGUCAAGCACAAGUAUCAUGCUCGUCUACGUGUCCAGCAUCGCUAUAUUUCAAACUGGCUGGGCGGCCGUACAGAUAUCGCAUUUGUCCAUGAUCCCAACGUUAACGAAUUCACUGCUGGCACGAGCAGAUUUAACUGCAAUAAGGUAUUCCGCUCAAGUUGGAGCAGCCGUUGCGGUGUUCGUCGUUACGUGGAUUGUUCUACCCACGAACGAAGAAGCGAUGGUGCGAUUGGCUGAACAGGAUAGUUAUAAAUUUAGAAAUAUCGUGUUCACUUUAACAUCGAUCGGUCUGGUGGCUACUACGCUCUUCCACGUAUUUCUAAAAGGGAACCUCUUAGAGAAUUCCUAUUUGCACAAAGGAAAUAUAGAAGAAGCUAGAAGAUUAUUCGAUAGUUCGCAAAACGAUCGAAACUCCUGGGUCGGUACGUCAAUUUUGUUAAGAGUGGCUAUGUUGUACGUGGCCAGUAGACUCUUCAUUACGUUGGCCACCGUGUAUUUGCCAUUAUACAUAGAGGAAACCGAUGUUGAUGGAAAACAGGCACUAGCUACCGUUCCCUUGGUCUCCUACGUAUCUUCGUUUAUCGCUGCUUUGUUGUUAAAAUAUAUUAAUAAAUCAUGCGGGACAAAGGUAUGUUAUUUAUUGGGCACUUUAAUUGGAAUACUUUCUGCAGUAAUUACGGAAUAUGGAGGAAGUUCAGCGGCAGUUAUAUACAGUGUCGCAAUUCUAAUUGGGAGUGGAAGCUCGAUUACAAUGGUUACGGCAUUAAGUGUGACUGCAGAGAUAAUUGGCCCACGAACGGAACGAAGCGCUAUCGUCUAUUCGAUCGUGACUUUCCUCGAUAAAGUGGUUACAGGACUGGUUGUCAUUUUUAUUGAGAGAUGGAGGUGCACGCAACCGGAGCUUUGUCCAAAUUACAACAGAGACACCUUGGCCCUUGUUUGCGUUCUCUCCAUGUCCUUGGGGCUCGUCACGCUAUUUUCUGUUUCACGAUGUUUAACUUAAAGAUGUUGAUAAGAAUUUCAUAAGACAGCAAAGAUCGUUUCUACUCCUGUGAUCCUCACAAGUCUCAUCUUAUAACCAAAAGUCAUUUCAUUUUCAUAUUUGCUUACCUUCACGCAAAGAAACGUACUGCCAAUGAAAUUUUUGCGAUAAAGCUGUAUAACACGUUGUUAAAAAAAGAAAAAGAAAAUAAAAAAAGAAAGAAGACCUUA